UGGGAGGUUUGAGAGAAAUGAAAAUUAAAGAAGAGUAUGCCCUAAAGAAAAUAUAUAUAAGAAAAGGGGGUGAAAGUUGUUAUUCUUGUCACCGUAGGUCAUUCACCGUAUGUAUAGUGAGAGAGAGGAAGUGGAAUAUUGUAAAGGACGUGGAUCCCACACAUUGCGCCGACUCUCUUUCUAUCCAACCCCCUUAUCGGAAUACACAUUGGGGGUGGUAAGGCCGAUAUUCUGGCGCCUGCGUUGGUUCAGGGUGAAUCUUCUCUCUAGGACGUCAGCAAUCAUGUAGCAAGGAUUAUAUAUUUCCUUUUUUCCAUCGUUGAAUUAGUGUUUUUUAUACUUGUGAGUGUGUCUAACUCCCAAUUUUUCUACCAGUCAGAAUGAUAACCAUUUCAUUUAUCUCAUCGAAUUGAUCUUUUCCUCCCACCCAACCAAAUAGUUUUUUUUUCUCCCAUUUAUUAAGAAACAGAAGAUUGCAAUCAUGAAUAACUCACCCCAAAAUACAGACGUGAAAUCUACACACCGUACCGGCAUUGAUAAUAGCGAUGAAGAGGAUUGGAGUGGCGUUGUUGAAUGUGCUGUUCUGGAGAGAACGAAAUCCGAAAGAGCAAAUCGUUCAGACGAAAAUCGUCGACGUCGCACAAUUAUUGUUGAGAAAAAAAAUGGCUCGUAUGGUUUCACAUUACAGAGUUAUGGAAUUCAGUACAAAAGAGAGCAGGAAGUGGAAAUGGUGACUUAUGUGGAUUACGUCGAAAGCGAUGGACCUGCAUCUAAAGCUGGGAUGAGAGUUGGCGAUGUAAUUGUUUCCAUAAAUGGCCAAGAAAUGGAUCGGGCUGAUCACGAGACUUUGGUUAAUUUUAUAAAAAAUUGCGACUCGAGAAUGCGAAUGGUUGUAUCGUUUGAAGAUUGUCUCAAAAAGGUCGGAUUGCACAUGCGUUACAUAAAAUUGCAACAAGCCCUGCAGUCUCGUCUCAAUGAAUUGGAACGACUUUGCGAAAGGGAACGAUCAAUUUUGAUGGGCCGUUGGAAAACACAUUCACUACCAGCUCGUAAACGAACGCCUAAUAAUAUUUCCUCAAACAAUUCCAAUCAGCCAUCGCAGCCUUCGAUUUUGAAUCCUUCUACUGUUCAAUGCUGUCGUCCUGCGAGUUCCACCGAACAUUUACUUUUAUAUUCUGUGUACGCUGACGGUCGACCAUUCCUAAUACCAAGAAGUGCCGCGUGUUUGGUAGCAGUUGGCCCACCACGUUCACGAAGCGAUCAUCAUCAUUUUCUAUCGAAAAUCCCAAGCGAAACGUCAGGCACAUCAUCUCGUCAUAGCUAUCAUCAAUCGAACGGUCUCCUUGGAACGCCAGCGAAAUCAAAAUCACACAAAGGUAGCCAACAAAAUUGCAAUUCAAAUAAUGAAAAUCAAACACAAACGCUUCAUUCCUCAUCGCAUACUGCACACAAUUUGUGUGUGGCGUGCAUCAGCGCUUCUCGUCGUCGUGACACAUCGGAUGGUGGAAGUUUAGACGCCUACGAUUUGGCGAGUCCCUGCUGUGAUCCAAAUUGUGUCCCAAGUAGAAGACGUCGAGAGAAACAACGAAGAGCGAGACACGAGCAAAAUCUCCAUCAACAACAGCAGCAGCAGCAACAACAACAACAACAGCAACAGAAGCACCAAAAACAUCAACAUCAACAAACGGAUCAUCAUCACCAUCACCAUCAUCAUCGUGAGCAACAAUCGCACAAUUACUCUCGUGCCUCGGGUCAUAGUUUACAUUCAAUAACAAGCAGUGAAAUUUCCACCACUGUUGAGAGUGCCGCUUCAUGCUCCACAUCUCUGAGUACCGACACUCUCUAUUGGGACCCAAAUCAUCAUCCUAGACAAUCAAAUUGCUUGCAGUAUGCAAAACCAAAAUCCUGGGAUAAUUUGACGACAAAAGCAUUCGGUGGUUAUGGGUUUGGUUAUGGUUAUCUUGAUACUGCAUCGGUGAAGACGCACAGCGCUGAAAGGCCUGGAAAAGGUUCACAUCGAACAAAAACCCCAACAAGUGGUUCAACACAACGAAGAUCGACGGGAACAUCGACUACAACUGUUUAUUCGAGUUCUAAUCGUUGUUUUCAACCGACAAAAUCCACGGAAAGCCUAUUGAUUCCAUCGCCAUAUCAGGGCGAAUUGGAAGGUUCGAGUGUCAGUUGUGAAUGCUUAGACGGUCCUGGAACGAGAUUUAUUGCUGUUCAGGUCGAUAAACAUAAGAGACAAGAUGAGAAUAAUUAUUCGGGAACUGUUGGUCAUUCACAGAAUAGACAUCGUCGCUCUAGUCAUUCUGAUAAUAAAUUAAGGGCUAUGAAUAGUUCAGAAGUCACAAGAUUGUGAAUAUAUUGUCAUUUAUACCGAUGAUUUUAGUGGAAUAAAUUAUGGUACCAUGUUGAA